AUGGUUGAAAAAAGAUCUUUUGUUUCUUCAAAUAAAAAAGAAGAAGUUUUUACCAAAACAAUUGAAAUUAUUGAAAAAGAUAGAAAACAUUACAAAUACACUAUUGAUAAUAUGCAAACUUAUGCACAUGCAAUUCAACCUCAUUUUACCAUGUGGGUUAAUGCAAUGCAUAUUUUAGGAAUUGGUGGUGAAAUUACAGAAGAGAAUUGUAGAGAUGAAAUGUUUGGUCUUAGAGACGAAGGUAAUCAUUCAAUUUUAUGUUUAGAUUAUUUUUCACAAUUGGGUGAAUUCAAAUUACAUCAUUAUGCCAACGGUUACAAAAUUGCCAAACAAGUUUACCAAAAUUUAAAAAAGCCAAUGGUAAUCUUAUCAUUUUUAAUUGCCAAUGAAUUAAACUCUGGUGUUGUUGAAGAUCUUGAAAAUGCUUUAUCAGUACUCGGUGUCAAAGACACAACCUACGUUGACGUCCAUAAAGAAGCCGAUUCCAUAACUUCUGAAGAUGGUCAUGCUAUUAAACUUUUAAAAGUAUUAGAAAUGGAGAAUGCCACUGUUGAAGACAUCAAUUUAGGAAUUCAAUUAUACAGAGAUUUUUACAAUGACAUCUUUUUAAAUUAA